AUGUAUAUCAAGAUUGAGUCUAUGAGGCUUGACUGGUACUCUAACCCUGUUAACCAGAAAAUUAUACGGGCUGAACUAUACCAGGGUCUUGUGGAUGUAAUUUCUGCCGGGGAGAAUAGAGCUUCAGAGGUUGGUAAGAGAAUUGUUUUGCCUCGUACAUUCCAAGGGGGUGAUCGCGAUAUGCAGCAAAGAUUUCUUAAUGCAAUGGCUAUUGUCCAACGUCUUGGGAAACCAGAUUACUUCAUCACAAUGACUUGCAAUCCAUACUGGGAGGAGAUUACAAACAAUCUUCUACCUGGCCAGACACCACAAGAUAGACCAGAGCUGGUUACAAGGGUAUACAGGGCCAAAUUACGAGACAUGAAAGAUCUAUUGAUCAAAAAAGCAUAUUUUGGCCAAGUUGCGGGCUAUGUGCAUGUUACCGAGUUUCAGAAAAGGGGAUUGCCACAUGAACAUAUUCUAUUGAUAAUGAACCUACACAAUAAGUUGACAAGCCCAGAUGCAUAUGACAAAGUGAUUUGUGCAGAGAUACCAGAGAAGGAUAAAUACCAUGUUUUGCAUAAUCUGGUCAUCAAGCAUAUGCUACAUGGACCUUGUGGAGUUUUAAAUAAAAAGUGUCCUUGUAUGGUCAAUGAAGAGUGUCGUUUUCGCUAUCCUCGACAAUUCUGUGCUGCAACUCAACAAGGAAAGGAUUCAUACCCUUUGUAUAGGAGAGAUGAUGGGCGUCGUGUAAAGCUUGCUCAAGCAUCAAAGCCAUUAAGUACAUGUGCAAAUAUGUUUACAAAGGCCACGAUCGUGCAUCAUUCUCAGUUGACCCUGCUCAUAAGGAAGAUGGAGUAA